AUUCUUUUUUUAAUUUUUUUGGUUCGUUUGAGUCUAACACAGUGACACACACACACAGUAGGACUCUUUUCUCUGAUUCUCUCUCUUUCAACCAAAUUUCAGCCCUUCCUUCGUUCGGGGUUAAAGGGAGAAUGGUGUCCUUGCUUAAAGUGAACCAUCAGCAACACUUUGCGGUUUUCUCCAGUGGUAUUAGACCCAACAACAGGACCUUUCAUCGCAAGUCAUCUUUCAUCUCAAUGUCUUCCAGGUCACCCACAACAAUUCAACAUCUUCACAAUACAGUGUCAUCAUCUUCGAAUCACAACCUCGACAUUCCCAUCAUGGUAAAUGGUUGUUCAGGGAAAAUGGGGAAAGCUGUUAUCAAAGCAGCAGAUUCUGCAGGACUUAAUAUUAUGCCUCUAUCAUUUGGCUCUGCAGUGGAGAAUGGAAAAACUGUGCAGGUGUGUGGGAAGGAUAUUCUCAUACAUGGUCCUGAUGAUAGAGAAAAUGUUCUUGCAUCUGUCUUUGAUGAACAUCCAAAUUUAGUUGUUGUGGACUACACCGUGCCGUCUGCAGUAAAUGAUAAUGCAGAGCUAUAUUGUAAAGUUGGAGUACCCUUUGUGAUGGGAACUACUGGUGGAGACAGGGACCGGUUAUAUAAGAUAGUAGAAGACUCUAAAGUUUAUGCAGUAAUUUCCCCACAAAUGGGUAAACAGGUUGUUGCAUUUCUUGCAGCCAUGGAAAUUAUGGCAGAGCAAUUUCCUGGGGCCUUCUCGGGUUACUCCCUACAGGUGAUGGAAUCCCAUCAAACAAGCAAAGUGGACACAUCUGGAACUGCUAAAGCUGUUAUUUCUUGCUUCCAGAAAUUGGGGGUGUCUUUUAAUGUGGACCAAAUACAAAUGAUACGGGAUCCCCAGCGACAACUUGAGAUGGUGGGAGUUCCAGAGGAGCAUUUGUCUGGUCAUGCAUUUCAUAUGUAUCAUCUGACAUCACCUGAUCAAACAGUUUCCUUCGAGUUUCAACAUAAUGUUUGUGGUAGAUCAAUAUAUGCAGAGGGCACCGUUGAUGCUGUAAUAUUCCUUGCUAAGAAGGUUCAAUCAAAGGCAGACAAGCUGAUAUACAAUAUGAUUGAUGUCUUGCGUGAGGGUAACAUGCGAUGAAGUUGGAUCAUUCAGAUUUGUAUUAGUAUUUAACUUAGCUAAAGAUUAUUGGGAUUUUGGUUAAGUAGCAUGGGGGUGGCAAUUUUGGAUUCAUAGAUUUGGGCCUAACCAUUUUCUUGUUUUAUUUUAGAACUAUGCAAUUAAUUGUGUGAAUGAUAGUUUGGAUUGGUGGGAUAUACUAAAAUGUUCAGAUAUGAACCUCUAUCGAACACAAUGAUUGCACGCAAAGAUUCAAAUACCUAAUUAAGGUUUUAUUUGGCAGGGAGGAUUGAAAAGUGAAAUAAGAGAACAUGUAAAAAGAGAUUAAUGUCA